UUGCUAUGAAAGUUCUGCAGUUUUGGUGUUUUCAAAGUCUCUUCUGUUUUAUUGAAUGUUUCCCCCUGUGUGUUCUAAAGAUACUGGAAACAGUUUUAUUGUGUUUCCCUUCACAGGACCUUCCUUGUGGAAGGCCCACAGGGACCUUUUUUGCCUGCAACUUCUCCCUUUAGGAAAACAAAAACAAACAAAGGAGUCAGGACUCCUUUGUAAACUUUUCUGAAAUGCUAUUUUGAAAAUGAUGCUUCACAUGGACCAGGUUUCUCACUUUUGGUGAGAUACAUAUCACAGGACAUUUAAAUCGAUCAGAUGAUUAUUUCUUUUACAAAUCUGAAAACUCAUCGAAUGUAAGUUCAAAACAUAUAUCCCCUUUUUAUUUCUGUGUUCUAAAUGUUUAGAGCAAAAGCAAAACAAUAAGCCAAGGGGGUGUGUGUGUGUGUGUGUUUGUGUGUGUGUGUGUGUCUUUAAUAGAAUGAUAAAACAAAAAUAGCCUCUGUUUUCCUUAAACUCUCAAGGUGACACUUUGGUUACAAGUAGAGACAUUGCUGAUUUGCUCAUCUUUUUUGACUGGAUAUUGAUUGGCAAGGUAAGAAUUGCUUAUCACACUCUGAUGAGCUUGAUACUGCCCCUUGCCUAGGAGUAAAAGACUCAGCCUCUCCAGGAACAUCGGUAUUUUUCAUGUCUUUCAUUGCCUUUUUUGGUUCUUCCAUGAGCAAUUCAAUGAAGCAAGUUUCUCUCAAUAGCAAAGAUUUGCCUUCUUAAGAUUAGCUUUCUUUGCCAUCCUGAUAACUUAGGGAUGAUUUCCUGACUGACAUUGUUCAAAAUAAGAAGAGAGAAACCCUUAUUUGUUUUGUCAAUAGACUAUUACUGAAUGUCAUUAAGGAGCAAGCGUAAGAUUUUUAAAAAUUGGAUAACUUCAGGGCCUUUUUAGCCUUUUUGGCAUCGUCCCUUAGAUCUUCUUCUCUCUGAGUGCUUUAAAAACACACGGUUUGAGGCACAGCUGAUCUCUAUAGGAAAAAUAUUAUAAGCCAUGCCUGCAUGAGACACAGCUGGGCUUGCUGUUCAUGGUCAUUACUCAAGAGUCUCUCCAGCCUCAGAAUGAGUAAAGCUAAAAUCUGUUCCCUCUACCCUGCCCUAUUUUAUGUAAAUAUGGUAGCUGAUCUCCAAAAUUUUCGACUGUACCAUAUCUAUAAAGUUUAAUCUCUUAAGAAUGUUCAUCCAAGCUGGGCACGGUGGCUCACGCCUGUAAUCCCAGCACUUUGAGAGGCUGAGGCCGGCGGAUCACGACGUCAGGAGAUCGAGACCAUCCUGGCCAACAUGGUGAAACCCCGUCUUUACUAAAAAUACAAAAAUUAGCUGGGUGUGGUGGCGCAUGGUGUAAUCCCAGCUACUGGGGAGGCUGAGGCAGGAGAAUCGCUUGAACCAGGGAGUUGGAGGUUGCAGUGAGCUGAGAUUGCACCAUUAUACUCCAUCCUGGAAGACAGAGCAAGACUCUGUCUCAAAAAAAAGAAUUUUCAUCCUGACCAAUCUGGGUGACCAAUCAGUUAAAUUGGUUUAGGAAGAGCUUGCCCUAGAUUGGUUGAUUCAUAAUUUUUCUUUUUAUUAAUUAUCGGGUUUUUCUCUCUGAUCUCUGCAUUGAAAAUUAUUUCCUAAGCCAUAAGGACUUGUUGAGGUACCAUUCUAGAAUCCCCAAUAUUUAUUCUAGUUGUUAUAGUAACAGUGGAACCCAAGUUUCUCCUAAAGCAUUACCCAGCUUUCCUUGCCCAGGCAGAAAAGAUGGCAGAGGGAGGGUGAACCCAGGGCCCAUCUGUGGGUAUGGGCUCCAAUUUCCUAAGCUGUGGUUAUAACCAUGGCUUCCACCUUGUCUGGCACUGGGUCCACAUCUUUUCUGAGAUCUGCUAGAAGGUGAGUAAAGGACAGCCUAGGAAGGCCCAGCAGUGGAUUGAGGAGGGUCGGGUUACCUGGAUGAUGGGUCCCAAAACUGGCUUGCCACGGUCCCUUUCAGUAUUGCUGUAAUGAGAUGCCUGGAGGAAAGCUGUCAGAAAGAGCAGAUGUGUGUAGAGGAAAAAAGUUGUGUAGUCGAAGGACAGUGUUGUUUACUCUUAUCUUGAGUGUGAGUAGAGAACUGUGUUAACAAUAGGGCUUUGUGCCAUUGACAGAGUGUGAAAGAGGGAGCCUAUAUUACAUUGGGGCUUGGGACCUGACCUGCCUAUAUCUAGCCAGCGACAGUGAAUGGGGUCAGUGUUAGCUGCCUUCAUCUAUGCAGUCACAAAGGUGGCUUAAGAUCAAGAAUUGAGGACAUGGAGGCGGACUGUCCCUCUGAGCAGCUUUGAAGUAGGGCCAAGCACACUGCCUUCCAGUCAGAGCCCUAGAGAAUAAGAGAAGCUUGCUGCUGGUGAGGGGGUAUGGCCAGGAUUCCUGGAGUCGGAAGAGCUUCAGCUUCACCAUCUUGGGAGAAGAAGGAAGAAAGUGAAAGCAAUGUGGUCCUUCUUAGUCCCAAGGACCCUGACAGAGGACACGCAGAGGAGCAGCUGGCUUGCCCGGAGUCCUCCGACCUUGACCCAAGCAUGCAGGGCCCACCCCGCAGCCUCCCCGCUGGGCUCAGCCUGGACGACUUCAUCCCUGGCCACCUCCAGUCCCACAUAGGGUCUUCCUCCCCGGGGACACGGGUGCCCGUGAUCCGGAAUGGUGGCUCCAACACCCUUAAUUUCCAGUUCCACGACCCCGCGCCCAGGACUGUGUGCAAUGGGGGCUACACAACAAGACGAGAUGCUUCGCAGCACCCGGACCCUGCGUGGUAUCAGACCUGGCCAGGCCCUGGGAGCAAGCCCUCUGCAAGCACAAAGAUCCCUGCCUCCCAGCACACCCAGAACUGGUCAGCCACGUGGACCAAGGACAGCAAGCGUCGGGACAAGCGCUGGGUCAAGUACGAGGGAAUCGGGCCCGUGGAUGAGAGCGGCAUGCCCAUUGCCCCCCGAUCCAGUGUUGACAGACCCAGAGACUGGUACCGGAGAAUGUUCCAGCAGAUUCACCGGAAAAUGCCAGACCUGCAGCUGGACUGGACCUUCGAGGAGCCACCCAGAGACCCCAGGCAUCUAGGAGCCCAGCAAAGACCUGCCCACAGGCCCGGCCCGGCAGCAUCUUCCAGUGGAAGAAGCUGGGACCACUCUGAAGAGUUACCUAGAAGCACCUUUAGCUACAGACCUGGAGCAUUCUCCACUGUGCUGCAGCCCCCAAAUCAGGUGCUCAGAUGCCGAGAAAAAGUAGACAAUGUCUGGACGGAAGAAUCCUGGAACCAGUUUCUGCAGGAACUAGAGACUGGGCAGAGGCCCAAGAAACCGCUGGUGGACGACCCUGGUGAGAAGCCCUCCCAGCCCAUUGAGGUGCUGCUGGAGAGAGAGCUGGCCAAGCUGAGCGCCGAGCUGGACAAGGACCUGCGGGCAAUUGAGACCCGACUGCCGUCCCCCAAGAGCUCGCCGGCGCCCCGACGGGCCCCGGAGCAGCGGCCCCAGGCCGGCUCGGCCUCAGCCUGGAGCUCCAGCUCCCCGCAUGCACCUUACCUGGGUUCCGCCCGGUCCCUGAGCUCCCACAGAAUGGCUGAUGGAGGAAGCCCCUUCCUAGGUCAGAGGGACUUUGUCUACCCUUCCUCAACCCGAGACCCUAGUGCCUCUAACGGAGGGGGCAGCCCAGCCAGGAGGGAAGAGAAGAAGAGGAAGGCCGCCAGGCUCAAGUUUGACUUCCAGGCUCAGUCCCCCAAGGAGCUGACUCUGCAGAAGGGUGACAUUGUCUACAUCCACAAGGAGGUGGACAAGAACUGGCUGGAGGGAGAGCACCACGGCCGCCUGGGCAUCUUCCCUGCUAAUUAUGUGGAGGUGCUGCCCGCAGAUGAGAUCCCGAAGCCCAUCAAGCCCCCGACCUACCAGGUGCUGGAGUAUGGAGAGGCUGUGGCCCAGUACACCUUCAAGGGGGACCUGGAGGUGGAGCUGUCCUUCCGCAAGGGAGAGCACAUCUGCCUGAUACGCAAGGUGAACGAGAACUGGUACGAGGGGCGCAUCACGGGCACAGGGCGCCAAGGCAUAUUUCCUGCCAGCUACGUGCAGGUGUCUCGUGAACCCCGGCUCCGGCUCUGUGACGACGGCCCCCAGCUCCCCACGUCUCCCCGCCUGACCGCUGCCGCCCGUUCAGCCCGUCACCCCAGCUCCCCCUCAGCCCCACGCAGCCCAGCUGACCCCACUGACUGGGUGGGGCAGACCUCCCCCCGUCGCACUGGCUUCUCCUUCCCCACCCAGGAGCCUAGACCCCAGACCCAGAAUCUUGGCACCCCUGGUCCAGCUCUGUCCCACCCUCGAGGUCCCAGCCAUCCCCUGGACCUGGGGACCUCCUCUCCUAACACCUCUCAGAUACACUGGACCCCGUACCGGGCGAUGUACCAGUACAGGCCCCAGAAUGAAGACGAGCUGGAGCUGCGUGAGGGGGACAGGGUGGACGUCAUGCAGCAGUGUGACGAUGGCUGGUUUGUGGGUGUCUCCAGGAGGACCCAGAAAUUCGGAACGUUCCCUGGAAAUUACGUUGCCCCGGUGUGAGUGGUCUCCAUGGCAACUUGGAGCCAGCCAGGAUGGGGUGGGGAGCGGUGGCAGUCGUGGGAGGGAGAGGACCCCCGCCCACAUCCUCCUACCCCAGGACCUGCGCUCCCAGCAUCUGCAGACGACCCCCGCAGCCUUUCCCUCGGACCCCCCUCGAAGCCCCCUGGACUGAUUCCCACCCACCACUCACGGGCAUUCCUCCCACAGCCCUUUCAUUUCCUCCCCACCCCACUCCCCAAAUACAGAGGUCUGCUUUGAAGUGGAGACCAUUUCCAGGCCUUAUUGAGACCAGACCCCAAGUCCCCCACCCCCAUCCUGCUCCAGCGUUUCCUCUAACAGGGAUCAGCUCUCCGCUUUGCCCCCACGGGGUUCCUCUAACCAGAACCAGCUUCCUAGCCUCCUAGAGACCAAAGGCCGCCCCCGCCUGCUGGGGUUCCUCCCACCACCCCAGCUUGCCGGCUGCCCUCUUUGCCUUCUGGCCUCCAGCUGGGCGUGGGGGAGCGGAGCAAGGCGGGGGACAGACGCAGCACCUUCUUAGCGAUCUAGGCCUAGCAAGAACUCUGGCCCCAAGGCCACCUCUUCCCAGGGGCUGCCAAGUCCUGGGCCUGGCCCUGGCAUAUCACCCCGCACUGUGGGGCCAGGCACCACUAGCCUGGCUCAAAUAUUCCCCAGGGAGACUGCUGUGUGCUGCCCGCCUGCUUGCUGGCUCUCCCCCAGCCCCACGUCCCCUCUGGAAGAGAAUGUAAAAUAAACCUGGACACAAGGAA